GGAGAUCCACGGAGCCAUUUUGUACCCAUUUUAAACUCAGUGUGGCUUCACGCAGCCACUGCGCGCCGUGGAUACGCUGACACCAUGGAUACCGAGCGCUUUUUCCUGCGUUAAAACUCUACAAUGAGGGAUAAAAUUAAAACGCGGUGUUGGCAGAGGGAGAGUUAAAUUAUUGGCGCAUAUUCGGUGAACCUGAGUGGGAUCUGGCAGGUAUCCGGGCAUGGAGCCGCCGAUGUGUUGGAUUUGGGUCUGUGUCCUGCUCGCGGUGCCGCUUGCGGGGUGUUUGGAGAUGCACCUUUCGGAAACUUUACAGCCCGGGAGCGUUUUGGCAAACCUGUCUGUGGGACCAGGAUGGACUUACAAAAUUGACAGGACUUUAUCCCCCAACUUCAUUCAGACGCUUUUCCAAGUUGGGAAGCGCAGCGGGGUGAUUCGCCUGUCCCACAGGGUUCAGUGCGCACACACGCCAAGGAACCCCGCGCCUGUUUAUUUCACAGCAGGUUCUUCAACGUCUGGGGACGCGACUCUGACGCUUUUUAACGUGUUUGUCCACGGACAGAACUGUUUUAUUAAAUACAAGAGAAAGAGUGAGACGGACAUUCACAUUAAACACGUUUUGAGACUGAAGUCAGCUUCCUGUUUACCCGCAGGUAAAUUGUUAUUGAAUGUAAAGAAACUUAUGCCAACAUCCACGCAAAGUAUAAUCCUUUUAAAUACUAAAUGUAAUGGAAAAGACUUUGUUGCGACCUUCAGGCAUGGAGAUUUGUUCUUGGUCAAUGACUUGUGCCUUGAGCACAGAGGAAAAGCGGAUUUGCACUGUGCCCUGCACAGCUCUCCAGGCAGCAGACUGUCUGUAAAGUUGAGUUUGACUCUGUCUGAACAUGAAGGUACCCUCAGAAAGUCUGGCAAACUGAUCCACAGGGGUAAGCGACAAGUAAACACAUCUCCGCAGUUUCAGCUCCCUAACUAUCAGGUGUCUGUACCCGAGAAUGAGUCCCCAUACACACAAGUCAUCACCCUGAAAGCAACUGAUCCAGAUGAUGGAGAGGGAGGGAGGCUGGAGUACAGCAUGGAAGCUUUGUUUGACAAGAGGUCUGAUAACUACUUUCAAAUCGAUGCAAAGACGGGGAGCAUAACAACCGUCCAGCCGCUUGAUAGAGAAGUGAAGGACACUCAUGUUUUUAAAGUUUCUGCAACUGACAACGGCAACCCGAAAAGAUCUGCCACUUCUUACCUGACUGUCACAGUGAGUGACAAAAAUGACCACAGGCCAGUGUUUGAGCUAAGUGAUUACAGAGUAAACAUCAGGGAGAAUGUGGAGGUUGGCUUUGAGGUGAUGACAAUCCGUGCCACUGAUGGUGAUGCCCCCUCCAAUGCCAACAUGGUUUAUAAAAUCAUCAACGAAGAUGGUAUAAACUCUGUGUUUGAGAUUGACCCCCGGAAUGGCUUAGUGAGGACUAGGGAUAGGCCUGACAGGGAGACCCGGGCGCAGUACAAGCUGAUCGUUGAGGCCAACGACCAGGGCAAGGACCCUCAUUCUCUGACUGCUACUGCCACGGUUCACAUCACUGUGGAGGAUGAAAAUGACAACUACCCCCAGUUUAGUGAGAAAAGGUAUGUGGUACAGGUCCCAGAAAAUGUAGCCGUCAACACUAAAGUUAUCCAGGUGGAAGCAACUGACAAAGAUGAGGGAAAUAAUGCCAAAGUUCACUACAGCAUCAUCAGCGGCAACAUUAAAGGCCAGUUCUACAUACACUCUCCCACUGGCAUGAUUGAUAUCAUCAACCCUCUGGACUAUGAAAUGAUUCGGGAGUAUAAUCUGAGAAUCAAAGCUCAAGAUGGUGGCAGGCCUCCACUGAUAAAUGGUACAGGGAUGGUGGUGGUGCAAGUGGUGGACAUCAAUGACAAUGCUCCCAUGUUUGUCAGCACUCCUUUCCAAGCCACUGUGUUGGAGAAUGUACCAAUCGGUUACUCUGUUAUCCACAUUCAAGCAAUCGAUAAUGAUUCGGGAGAAAAUUCUCGUCUGGAAUACCGGCUCACCGACACAACACCUGGUUUCCCAUUCACCAUCAACAACAGUACAGGCUGGAUUACAGUUGGCGAAGAACUGGACAGGGAGACUACUGACUUCUACACCUUUGGCAUUGUGGCAAGAGAUCAUGGGAUGCCAGCUAUGUCUUCAUCAGCCAGUGUCAGCAUCACGGUGCUGGAUGUUAAUGACAAUGUGCCCACAUUUACUGAAAAGACCUACUCUCUAAAGAUCAAUGAAGAUGCUGUGGUGGGGAGCAGUGUGCUGACAAUGACAGCUGUGGACAGGGACAUUAACAGUGUGGUGACGUAUCAGAUCUCCAGUGGAAACACCAGAAACCGCUUCGCCAUCACCAGCCAGAGCGGCGGGGGCCUCAUCACUUUGGCUCUUCCCUUGGACUACAAGCAGGAACGUCAGUACGUCCUGACCCUCACCGCCAGCGACGGAACCCGCUACGACACGGCUCAGGUGUUCAUCAACGUGACGGACGCCAACACACACCGGCCUGUGUUUCAAAGUGCCAACUACCAGGUGAUGCUCAGCGAAGAAAAACCUGUAGGCUCCACUGUGGUUGUGAUCAGUGCAACGGAUGAGGACACGGGGGAGAAUGCUCGCAUAACAUAUGUCAUGGAAGAUAAUGUUCCUCAAUUUAAAAUUGACCCAGAUACAGGUGCAAUCACAACACAGAUGGAGAUUGACUAUGAAGACCAGGCAUCCUACACUUUAGCCAUCAUUGCCAGAGACAAUGGCAUCCCUCAGAAAUCUGAUACCACCUAUGUGGAGAUUAUUAUCCUGGAUGCUAAUGAUAAUGCUCCCCAGUUCCUCAGAGAUAUCUACCAAGGGAGUGUAUUUGAAGAUGCGCCUGUCUACACCAGUGUUCUCCAGAUCUCUGCUUCAGACAGAGAUUCUGGCUCCAAUGGAAGGGUGAGUUAUACCUUUCAGGGAGGAGAUGAUGGAGAGGGGGAUUUCAUGAUUGAGCCAUAUUCUGGGAUCAUCAGAACUGCUCGCAAACUGGACCGUGAGAAUGUUGCUGUUUACAAACUGAAGGCAUUUGCUGUAGAUAGGGGGGUUCCUCCUCUAAAGGCAGAUGUUUCCGUUCAUGUUGUAGUCCAAGACAUUAACGACAAUGCUCCAGUGUUUGAGAAGGAUGAGCUUUUUAUUGAUGUGGAGGAGAACAGCCCCGUGGGGUCCGUUGUUGCACACAUCACGGCCACCGAUCCCGAUGAGGGCACCAAUGCUCAGAUUAUGUACCAGAUUGUGGAAGGGAAUAUUCCAGAAGUUUUUCAGCUUGACAUUUUCAACGGCGACCUUACUGCUCUCACAGACCUGGAUUAUGAGACCAAAACAGAGUACAUCAUCGUGGUCCAGGCCACAUCAGCACCACUGGUGAGCCGGGCUACUGUGCACAUCCGCCUAGUGGACAUGAACGACAACAAACCUGUACUGCAAAACUUUGAGAUCAUCUUCAACAACUAUAUCACCAACAAGUCCAACAGUUUUCCAACAGGAAUUAUUGGAAGUGUACCUGCCCAUGACCCGGACGUGUCGGAUAAGCUGCGGUAUAAAUUUGAAUCUGGAAAUGAGCUCAGUUUGCUUCUGUUGAAUGAAGACACUGGAGAUCUGAGACUGAGCAGGGAUCUGGAUAAUGACAGGCCUCUGGAAGCCCCCAUGACCAUUUCUGUCACAGGUGAGUAA